AUGGAUUUCAUCCGCGCUUGUGUCCUCUGCACCCUCUUCCUCUUUGGUUUCAGCAAGGCGUUCACGCACCAGGAUAUGAAGGACGCGCUCCUGCACAAACUGGGCUUGGAUGAUGUCCCCAAGAUUCACAAGCGGGAUUUGGAGAACUUGGUCGUCCCGGCUCAAAUCCGAAACAAGUACUUGUCCAUGCUAAAGAUGCACCACAGCAGGAGGCGCCGCUCUUUGCCGAGCCUGGCUGGCAUCCUAAGAGGAAUCCCCGGCAAUGCUGAUAUUUCCGGCGAGUACGUGUACUCUGACACCACUCGGCAUCGAAUGGUGUUCGACAUGGAGGCGAUGAUCCCCGACAACAGCGAGGUGACCAUGGCCGAGCUCAAGCUCUAUCAGCGGGCGUCGCACAACAAGCGACUCGCGGUGGAGAGGAAGAGCCACCGGCCCGUCAGCAACGCCCGCGUCAGCGUCUACUGGGUCGAGGAGCUGCCCAACGGCUCCAACCGGACCUCGCUGGUAGACUCAAGGUUGAUCCCCAUUCACGAGACGGGCUGGAAGAGCUUUGAUGUGACCCAGGCCGUGCACUAUUGGUCCAAAGCCCAGCAGAAGACGCCCAUGCACCUGGAGGUGUGGAUCGAGGGCGAGAGACCUGGCAGCUACGCGGCAGAGGUGGCCAAGAGUGUCCGCUUUACCACCCAGGAGCAGACGGACAACACCUUGGGAAAGCCCGAGCUCGUCCUUUACACACUCAACCUCGAAGAAUACGGCUCUCGCGGCGACUGCGACGCCCACCAGAACAAAGACGCCUGUUGCAGGGAGCAGUACUUCAUCGACUUCCGCGCCCUGACGUGGACGCAGUACUGGAUCAUCGAGCCGGCGGGUUACCAGGCCUUCAGGUGCACCGGAGGCUGCAGGCAACCCAAGCGGAACUACGGCUACGGGGAAAGGAGGUGCACGGUGUCGGAGAGCACCCCGCUGCCCAUCAUGUACCUGGUGAAGAAGGGGGACUACACGGAGAUCGAAGUGGCCGAGUUUCCCAAUAUGAUCGUAGAGAGGUGCGCGUGCACCAUGGACAAUGUUUCCAUCGUGUGAAGCUCAAUCUGAAGUAGAUCCUCGCUCUUUGUAAACGACCAUCAUCCAAGACUACCCACAAGUAACGGACACACCUUAAAAUAUCUAUUUUUCAUACGGACACAAUAUCGCAUCUUGUGAAAGCAUCCUCCUGCUAAAAAAUGUUCAAGUGACUUGUGAGACAGCGCCCACUGCUGGAUUAUUUACAAAAAAACUGCAAAUAGGUGGGGAUCUACUGUAUUACGGCAUUGUUUCAUGGUAUAUUUAAUGGCUUAUAAAAAAGUACUUCUUAUUUAAA